CUAACCCUAACCCUAACCCUAACCCUAACCCUAACCAUUUAAAAUGUAAACUUCAACGAGGUAACGCCAGAGUUUGGCCUUCCCAACGAUCCCAGAUAGCAACAACCGUUUUAGGUGAGCAAAGAGGACCCAGAGGAAGAAAUCAGCAGCUCAGAAAAUCAAGAGAUCAAAAUGAUGCUGCUGCUCGUGAAAAGGGAUUCAACUGAAUAAAUCUGUCGUCAGUGGAAAAUCCAGCGUUCAUUAGGAUACUGUUCCAGUUUUCUGCAGUGAUGUUUUUGUAACCAGGGCAUUUUCCUCCUGGUUUUUGGUCAGUCGGCACCGCACAUAUGCGCACGGUCUCCCCAACAUCAUUGACUGUUGGUGAGAACGGACCAAUUUAUGCUGACAACCGAGGAAAGGGAAAGAUGUCGUUGCUGAGCAGCCGUUGUGAUGCUUGACUGAUCAUGAUGAAGACCGAUUCCACAUCUUCCAAGAGCACCGGCUCAGGUUCGACGCUGAGGAGCCCAUCCCCGCACCGGAACGCGUACGAGGCGGGGAUGCAGGCGCUGAAGCCUGCCAAGGACAAUGCUGCGAAAGGCGAUCAUAUGCAGGAAGGCCCCCGCGGCCGCCGGAGCUAUGGCUCCAACGUGCACCGUAUCAAGAACAUGUUCCAGCAGAUGCAAGGCCCAGGGAGCACAUCUCCCUGCAGGGAGGGAGGGGAGGACCCGGAGAAGACUACUGAGAGGGUGCGUCUCUCCCUCCCCAGAGCCGGUAGCCUGAAUGAGAAUGUGGACCACAGCGCCUUGCUGAAGCUGGGAUCCACUGUCUCAGAGCGGGUUAACCGGUUCGACCCUAAUGCCAAAGCGGAGAAUGGGCAGGUUCCCCGAGCCUCAUCAUCCAGCUACUCCAAGCUGCAGCAGACACGGAAGAUCUUCGAACAACAGCAGGCGGCCCAGCAGCUGGAGCGGGAGAAGCAGGCUGCUGCCACCAACCGGGUCCUUCUGAAGAUGGAGCAGACCUCUGGCCUGGGCUUCAAGGUGGCGCGGUUCAACGGCAGCACAGAGUCUCUGGACAGCCUGGACACCACCGAGGCUGUGUCCCCCACCGUCUCCCAGCUCAGCGCUGUCUUCGAACGGGCCUCAGAGCUCCGCAAUAACCUGCAUCGCCUCUCCUCCACACCUCCGCUGCCCUCCCGGGGGGUCAGCACCAAGGUGGGGGUGCAGCUCAACUCCAAAAUCAUCUCUAAGAGGGCGAACCGUGCUUCUGCCCGCCCAUCAGCCAGCCAGGAGGAGGAAGGGGGUGGGGGGCGCAGCCAGAAGGACCAGGAUGGGCCUCCCAGAAACCUCAGGGCCUCAUCCUCCUCCACCUCCAAUGGCCAAAACGGAGGGCAGAAUGGAGGCCCUACACUCCCCGAGCCCAGAGAGGGCCGGGAUAAGACUGGGCCAGACUUUGAGUCCCAGGCCAAAACUGAGGGCCAGUCUGAGGAUCGUUCUGGCGACCAGGAGCCCAGCAGCACCGUAGUUAAAGCUGACAUCCACCACGUCUCUCUGGAGAAUAGAGAGAACAGUACAGUGAGAGAGGCCCAGCUAAAGGAGACCUCUCCCAAGGGCACUAGCAGUGAGAGGGGGAGGCAGGGUGGAGAUGGAGAGAUGGGCCAGGGGGGUACAGCGGAGGAGGGGGAAGAGAGGACUGUAAAGGAGGAUCAGUCAGGGGGAGAACAGGUAGCUAUCAGAACGUACAGCGCAGUAGGGGAGGACUCUGGAGGGAGCCAGCAGGAGCAGGAGGAGGAGGAGGAGGAGGAGGAGGAAGAUGAGCGAUACGAACCUGAGUCCAGCUGUCAUGAGAAACCUGGGCUGCCUGAAGAGGAGGACCCUCCACCUAGCCGGAAGAUCUGCUUCAGCACGGGGCCUAUCAAGGUGUUUGCCACCUACCCCAAUGAGGACUAUGACCGUCGGAACGAGGACGUGGACCCCAUGGCUGCAUCUGCCGAGUACGAGCUGGAGAAGAGGGUGGAGAGGCUCGAUCUGUUCCCCGUCACACUGGAGAAAGAUGGUGAUGGACUGGGUAUCAGUAUCAUUGGGAUGGGGGCGGGGGCAGACAUGGGCCUGGAGAAACUGGGCAUCUUUGUCAAGACGGUCACCGAUAAAGGAGCAGCGCACAGGGACGGCAGGAUCCAGGUGAAUGACCUGAUAGUGGAAGUGGAUGGGACCAGUCUGGUGGGGGUAACCCAGACCUUCGCUGCUUCUGUCCUCAGGAACACCACAGGCACCGUCAAGUUUCUGAUUGGUCGAGAGAAGCCGGGCGAGCAGAGUGAGGUGGCCCAGCUGAUCCAACAGACCCUGGAACAGGAGCGCUGGCAGAGAGAGCUGAUGGAACAACGCUACAGCCAGUACAUGGAGGACCAAGAGGGUGGUGAAUAUGGUACUGACGAGGAGGAGGAUGAGGAGGAAGAGGUCAGCCCCACACAUCCCUCUGCCAUCGAGGUGUUUGACCUGGCUGAGAACGAGGACAUCUCUCACCUGGAGACGGACCCUGAGAAGCUAGCCCAUAAGAACCAGGAACUUCACAUAAAGCAUGCUGUAACACAGGCAGAGAUCCAACAGCUGAAAAGAAAGCUGAACCAUGCAGAGCAGGACAAGCAGCGCUGGCGUGUGGACAAGACCCAGCUGGAGCAGACCCUGCGGGAGAACAAGGAGCGCAUGGAGAAGCUGGAGGGCUACUGGAUGGAGGCCCAGAGUCUGUGUCAGGCUGUGGACGAGCACCUGAAGGAGACCCAGGUCCAGUACCAGGCUCUGGAGCGCAAGUACAGCAAGGCCAAGCGCCUCAUCAAGGAGUACCAGCAGAAGGAGAUUGAGUACCUGAAGAAGGAGACUCAGCGCUGUGUACAGGACGGGGCCGAGGCAUCAGUGAGGGAGGAGUCAGGACAGCUCCAUGAACAGGUAGCAGAUCUGGAAUGCAUUGUUGAGGAGCUGAAAUCUGAACCUUUAUAAAAGCCUUGUUUCCUAAGAGAGUCUCUUCAAGAACUUCAAGAAGUGAAUAUGAGGAUAGUGUUAUUGUACUUGCAGUGGACCCAGGAUAUUUAUUGUCUCAAACUUUAGCCUGGUUUGCGGUCGAAUACAGGUACCCUCAGGCUUUGUAUUGCUGCAUAUAAUCUCUUUAUCUAACAACCCUUUCAAUCAUGUUUUGUUUUGUUAAGAUUUCCCAGGUGGAAAUAUUGGCUAUGGCUACUAGUUUGACAGUUUAAUCAACCUUUUUCUUAACAUUCAAAAAUACUGACAAGAACUUCUGUGGAGCUCUAACCGUUGCUGUUCCGAAUUUUUCAUUCCCAGUGUUCAGUAUUUGACAAUUUGAUCACCAAUAGUGUGUUUGGGUGAAUUAGAAGACCAGGCUUUUGAUUUCAAUUGCCAAAACAAAUUCAUUUUCUUUCUUUUAUUUGCCUAUUUUGUUUUGCGACGUUUCAUUUUCUGGAUUGUCAUUGUACAGUUGUAAUACUGUAUGUGGUUUAUAAAACAAAAGUUUGAGUUUGUAUAUAUUUUUAUUAAUGUAUAACAUUUAACAUAUAUAGGAUGAACUAAUGGAGUCAACAGUUGGUGCAUAUGAUAACUUAUGUGACUGAGGAGGAUGUGUAAAUUGUCAAACGUCGACACUGGAGAAGAUAUAGCUGGAUUGAACGUUUGGUGCUUCACUGGAAUGAAAGGGACAAGAAGAGAUGGGCUAUCUCCUUCUACAAUUACAUCAACAAUCCAACCUUUGCAGGGGUUUGGCACUUCAAACAGUCAACUGCUGCCACAGCCAUAAAGUCUGUGUAUUGAUAGUCAACUGCUGCCACAGCCAUAAAGUCUGUGUAUUGUUAGUCAACUGCUGCCACAGCCAUAAAGUCUGUGUAUUGUUAGUCAACUGCUGCCACAGCCAUAAAGUCUGUGUAUUGUCAGUCAACUCCACUACCCAGUAAUGCUACUGAUGGGAUUCAGUAAGAACAUACUAAACCUUCAGUAAUAACCCCUUUCUUAUUUCUGUAACUCAACUUACAUAACAUAACUCCUUGUAAAAAGGAGAGAAAUCCUCCAUAUCUGCUGUGCCACAAAAGGGACAUGACAUGAUUGAAAUCUGAUUUUCAAUUUUAAUUUUUUUGUGAAUGUUAUCAAAGAUGUGUUCAACACUGACUGAAUGGCAUACACAAGAACUGGUGAUGGAAAGGUGUUGGGAAACACAACUGGGUCAUGUUCAUUAGGAACCAAACAGAAGAAAAUGGACUGAAACAGGGAGGGACUAGGCCUAUCUGGACUUGUCUAAUAACUGGACUUGCCAUUGUGAACACAACCAUGGACUUUAAUGGUGAUGAAACAUUCCUCCCCGUUCCCCUGACUGUGUAGCACAUGGAAUCACUGCCAGGUAGUAUUCACCUGCUUCUUCACACAACGUUUGGAGAGAACUGUGUCAACUCUCAUACCAGUGUGUUUGAAUAGAUAAAACUGAAAUAUUUGAGUUAUAUUUUAUGUUUAUAACAUGGUAAACACCAUAUGUGAGGGAUUAAAGCUGGUAAGAAAAGCCAUGCAAAGAAAGUGUUGAUGAAAGGAGGAAUUAAUUUCAGAGAGGCUAGACCUGGGGGGUUAUCACAUGAACAUACUCUAUCUCAUGGGCAUGUUUUGAGUAUUUUCAUCAGAUUUUAGGCUUGGACAGGGCACAUGCUUUGCAUUAUGUUUUGUGCAAUAAAUGGUGAACUGUGA